AUGGUGUUGAAUAAGGUUAGGGUUAGGGUUGAGGAGAAGAAUGAAGAGGAGAAGAAUGAGGAAGAGGAGAAGAAUGAAGAGGAGAAGAAUGGAGCGGUGGAAUUCUUCUUUCCGCCCACAGGAACAUGGCAUAAGAAGACAAGGAAGAAGAAUAGUAAAUUGAGGGCUAGGCUGGCUGAAACUAAGUUUGCGGAUUUAGACCCUCCCGCUUGUCUAGAACAUGCCAGUCGGAUGCUGUCGUUUGAACGUAAGAUACUGGAAGAUUGCAAUGUAAGGUUACAAAAACAACAAGAAAAAUAUGGAAAACAGGAGAAUUCACUUGUUUCUAAGGCACCGGUGCAUGCAGAAGCAGCUGCACUUCCAGCUGCACUCUGCACAAAAUUUCUUUCAUUGUUGCAUGUCCUGUCAAGGGAAGCCACAAUCCAGUUUGGUACCUUGCCGAGUGGAGUGGCUACCAGGUUGUAA